AUGCCUCUCUCUCUCCUCACUUCUCCUCCCACUCCAGCUCCUCGCAUCCUCCCCAACUUCUUCUCAGCUUCACCAUCACACUUCACCACCACUAGAUUCCUCACGAACAAAAGAUUUAGAACAACAAUCAGUAUUGUUGCGAAGGCUUCCGAAGAAGAUGAUGAUAAGCCGGCUUUCAAUCCGUUCGGAUUUGUAACUGAUAAUCCAUCUAGCCGAAGUGCCAUUCAGCUUCCUGAGUCCCCUGCUGAGGAUGGAAAUGUUGGCCAAAUGCUCUAUAGAAUAGAAGACAAGGGAAAAGAAUAUGGCUCUUACAUUAAAGCUGGAGGGUUUAGAUGGUUUGUAAGAGAAACAGGAUCGACUGAGAGCCGACGUGGAACUAUUAUCUUUCUCCAUGGUGCUCCAACGCAGUCCUACAGUUAUCGAGUUGUUAUGUCUCAGAUGGCAGAUGCUGGGUUCCACUGUUUUGCACCUGAUUGGAUAGGAUUUGGGUUUAGUGACAAGCCACAGGCUGGAUAUGGAUUUGACUACACUGAGAAAGAGUUUCAUGAAGCUUUUGACAAAUUACUGGAUGUCCUAGGGGUUGCUUCUCCUUUCUUCCUAGUAGUUCAGGGAUUUCUUGUAGGAUCAUAUGGAUUAACUUGGGCUUUGAAAAACCCGAGCAGAAUUUCAAAGCUUGGAAUUAUGAACACCCAAUUGACAGUCUCAUCUCCCAUUCCUGGACUAUUUAAUAAUCUCAGGAUUCCGUUUCUUGGUGAAUUCACUUGCCAGAAUGCAGUUAUGGCAGAGCGUUUUAUUGAAGCAGGUAGCCCCUAUGUCCUGAAGCUGGAAAAGGCAGAUGUAUAUCGAUUACCAUAUUUGUCAAGCAGUGGCCCAGGAUUUGCUUUGCUUGAGGCUACAAAAAAAGCUAACUUCAAUGAUAUUAAAAGUCAAAUCUCAGCUGGGUUUGCAUCUGGAAGCUGGGAUAAACCAAUAUUAGUUGCAUGGGGAAUAUCAGACAAGUAUCUUCCCCAAUCCGUGGCAGAAGAAUUUCAAAAAGGGAAUCCCGACUUUGUAAAGCUCAAGCUGAUUGAAGGCGCUGGUCAUAUGCCUCAGGAGGACUGGCCGGAGAAAGUAGUGGACGCCUUGAGAUAUUUUUUCUGA